CGCAUCGUAUCCAUCUCCCAAAUUGCGUAUCGCCCAUAAACGGCCUACAAUUAUAAUCGGUGUCACCAAUUUAAUUUUUGGCACCUAAAUUGAAAAUUUCCCCUCUUCAAUUUUCAAAACCCUAGCGUUCAAUAUAUAAAACUACUCCAGUUUCUGUCUUGCGUGAAAAAGUACAGCAGAAGUAAAUGAAAGGGGAAGGAGUUAUGGGAGACCAUUCUCAACGUAGAACGUGGCCUGGGAAGCGGACUCUUAAUGGCUGUCAGCUGAAACGGAAUCUUGAUAAUGUUGUUUACAUUGAUGUCGAUAGUGAAAGUCUAGAUAAUGUUAUUAUCAUUGAUGUUCCUGAGUCUUUGCAACAAAAAAUACGGGGAUCUAGGUUAGGGAAAGGUAAAAAAAUCCAGUUUGGGGGCAUAAUUAACAUUGAUGAUGAUGAAAGCAAUGGUGUGGAGUAUCCUGGGGUUGGUGUAGAAGGUGGUGCUGAUUUGGACAGUGAUACCUCUUCUAGCCAAAGUUUUCCUGCCCCUGCCUUUGUGCAUAAAUCUGUAAACUUAGGCGAUGAUGAAUGCCAGGUUGUCCAUGAAAAAAAUUCUGCAUUCAGAUUUUCUAAGUGCAAGCAGUCCUACUCUGGGAAGUAUCACUGUAGAAAUCGUUAUGGUUUAAGUCCAGAGAGCGAGAGUGGCUCGUCGGAUAGUGAUUGUUCUGAUUGUGAGCUGAUGGAAGGUUCUUUUGGAAAGCUUCAUAAAGAGUGGGAAAAAGCUUCUCUGAAGAGAAAAUCUAAUUUUUGUCGAGGUAAAUCUGGUUUAGAGGAUCAAGCUAGCCCCUCUUGUGUGAAUGAUGAUAUUCAUCUAAAUAUGGAUGCGGAAGGAGAGAAAAGGGCUGAACAAGACUCUGAAUCUGCCUUUCGCUGUAAAUCAAGCACAAACAAUUAUAAGAAGCGGAAUUCUGCCUUCGUUCCAACGGAUGAUGGAGAAUUGGGCUCUUCUUCUCUAAAUUCUGGAAUGAGAUGUUCUUUUGUGGAGUCUGAUCAGAAAUGUGGCCAGGAAAGUUUUCCGUGGUUCAAACCUGGUUUAAUGGAGAGAGUGCACUCUGCUCGAAAGAAGGCUGAUUUUCAGUGCAGAGGAGAAAAGUUAACUAAAGAUCCUUCUUCUAGCUCAUCUCGAUGUCAAAGUUAUAAGCAUGCGGACAGUUGUGGUAGUAGAUUUCAUGAUAAAGAACAAAAUUCUCAUGGUCCUUUCUGGUCCAACCAAGAACAGGGUGAUAAACAAUGUCAUAAGACAGGAAUCUGUUUUAUGGGUAGGCAAAAAAAAUUUAUGGGAGAACGGUUUAUGCCACAAGGGGUUAACUGGUUUUUUAACCAUAGGAAAACUAAUUUGGAGGAUGAAGAGGCUUAUUUAUUCAAGGGUCAACGAUCUGGUACAACACAUGCCCAUAAUGAGAGAGUUGUACCAAGUGAGAAAUAUGAAGAGUUUUCUCAGACAUCUAGUUGCUGUGUGUCUCAUCAAAAGGCUCAUAAUGCUGGAACUGGAUUCAUGGAAAAAGAGAAACCUGUUUCUAAGGAGCCCUUGGUGUCAAGUUCUCGACCAUCUUAUGAAGCAGGAGCUGAAUGUGGUGUAGCUCCUGCUGAUCAUAAUGUUGGGGAUGCCUUUGAUGAAUCUUUCUUAUGUAAGACUUCCUCAACAAGGAUGCCGGAAGUUUGUAAGGAGAAGGUUGGCCAAGCAGAUACAGAGAAACCAGACUCCAAGAGGAUUUCUGUGUGUAACACAGAGUGUGCUGAAACACAAAGUGAGCAGUGGAAUCAAUGUUCGGAAGAACUCAAGGAGCAAGUUAUUGGUUCAACAGCUGAUAGUCAACUAGGUAAUGGAAGGGAUCCAGUUUAUGCUCAAAGUGAUGUUGUCAUACCUAAUUUGCAAAAUGAUAUAAUUAGUGACCGUGAAAAACUCAAGGAGACUGAUGAGUACAAGCGAGCAAUGGAAGAAGAAUGGGCAGCCAGGCAGCGGCAGUUACAAAUUCAGGGAGAAGAGGCCCAAAGGUUGCGUAAGAAAAGAAGAGCAGAAAGUAUUCGUUUAUUAGACAUGGAGAGAAGGCAAAAACAACGGCUGGAAGAAAUUAGGGAGACGCAAAAGAAGGAUGAGGAGAAUAUGAACAUGAAAGAGCAACUCCGUGUUGAAGUGAGAAAGGAGCUUCAUAAAUUGGAAACAACAUGCAUUGAUAUGGCAUCAUUACUUCGUGCCUUGGGAAUCAAUGUAGGAAGCAGUUUUCAUCCCUUGUCAAAUGAGGUGCAUGCGGCUUAUAAACGAGCUUUGUUAAGAUUUCAUCCUGACCGAGCAUCAAAGACUGACAUUCGACAGCAAGUUGAAGCUGAGGAAAAAUUUAAGCUUAUUUCUCGCAUGAAGGAGAAAUUUUUAUUAACUUUAUGUCAUUAAAUGCUAACAAAAGGUUUUUUAAAUAUACGCACAAUUCUUUUUGUUGGUAAUGAUUUCCAUUGAGAAGGUUAGUUCCUCAGAUUUUCCCAUAAGAUAUCAGUUAGGAUUCUUUAGUUGGUUCUCACUUGGUGAGCAAAAUUGUAUUUGUAAAGCUGUUGUUAUUUUCUCUACUUAGGCCAGAAAAAUCGUUGUUCAAAACAUUGUUUGUAUCUUUUCCUCAUGGGUUGUGCUAAGAAAAGAGGUUGUAUAGAUUAGCCUUUUGUUUUGGUAUGUAUGAACUG